ACACACACUGACAGGAAGCAACACGGACACAGGAGCUGUAGGACGGACGGAGACAGGAAACACCCGGCGCGGUAGGCGCACUCACCGAAUACGGUCCCAACAUUUCGGAGAGAGCCGGUGGCCGGUGCCCAGGCGUUGACCCUGCUGCCGGGCCUGGUCGCGAAAAAUGACGCAGGUGGAACCGGACAACGGCAAAGAAAAAGAGAAGGAAAAGGAAAAGGAGCAACGCGGGGUGAAGCGGCCUAUCGUUCCCGCCGCCAUCCCAGAGUCUGUACUCGAGCCAAUCCAGAGCAACUUCAUUGUGGUUAUUCACCCUGGUUCAUCUACUCUGAGGAUUGGCCGAGCGGCUGAUACACUCCCCGUUGGUAUACCUCAUGUCAUCGCCCGAAGACAUAAACAACAAGGACAGCCUCGAUAUGAGGACCCAUGGCUUCAAAGGGAUGGUCUUAAUAAACCAGAAAGUAAUGAGCAAAGACUGAAUGGCCUUAAAAUGGUGGAUCAAGCAAUAUGGUCCAAAAAGAUGUCAAAUGGUGCAAGACGAAUACCAGCUCCACCAGAUCAGGUGAGGGCAUAUAACAAACAGAUGAGACCAGCAGUUUUGGAUGCUAAUUCUGGGGUCAAAUGGACAAACACAUCACAUCAGCCUGAAUUUCUUGUAGGAGAAGAGGCAUUGUAUGUAAAUCCAACAGACUGCUACAAUGUACAUUGGCCAAUUCGCAGAGGUCAAUUUAACAUUCAUGCGGGACCUGGAGGUUCUCUCACUGCAGUAUUGGCUGAUCUGGAGACUAUAUGGACAUAUGCUAUUCAGAAAUUCCUAGAAAUUCCACGUAAGGAUUUAAAGUAUUACAGGUGUAUCCUGCUAAUCCCAGAUAUCUACAAUAGACAGCAUGUUAAAGAAUUGGUGAACCUACUGUUGAACAAUAUAGGAUUCUCAGGUGUUAUUGUCCAUCAGGAAUCAAUCUGUGCUACUUUUGGAAGUGGGUUAAGUAGUGCCUGUGUGGUGGAUGUAGGGGAACAGAAGACCAGUGUGUGUUGUGUAGAAGAUGGAGUUUCGCAUCGAAAUACUAGACUUCGCUUAGCAUAUGGAGGAUCUGAUGUGACCAGAUGUUACUUCUGGCUUAUGCAGCGAUCUGGUUUUCCAUACCGAGAAUGUCAAGUUUUCAAUCGAAUGGACUCCCUUCUUCUUCAACAGCUUAAAGAGACAUUUUGCCAUCUAGACCAGGAUAUCUCUGGAAUUCAAGAUCACGAAUUCAAGAUCCGUCACCCAGAUUCUCCAGCUUUGUUAUACCAGUUGAAGCUAGGAGAUGAAAAGCUACAGGCACCGAUGGCCUUGUUUUAUCCUGCUACUUUUGGAAUAGUGGGACAGAAGAUAACGACCUUGCAACACAGAUCUCCCGGUGAUUCGGAAGAUCCGCACGAUGAACAUUAUUUAGUAGCAACCCAGAGUAAACAGGAACAGGCUGCUAAAGCUAUUGCUGAGAGAAAAGCACUAGCCAAGUACGCAGGAUUUGAAGCAGAAUCAGGUGCACCGAAUUCUGACAGUGCAGAGAAAAGUCAUCCUCAUGAACUGGAACUUGGAGCUUCUCAGCACGAUUGCUUAUUGGCAGCGAAUGAUUCGGAGGAUCUACCAGCAGCUCUGAUGGCAAGGAAAACAACUGUGUCGCAAUUUGAAGGAAAGGCAUUGGGCCUUGAUAAAUCAAUAUUGCAUAGUAUUGAUUGCUGCGGUUCUGAUGAAACAAAAAAGAAAAUGUACAGUUCUAUUUUGGUGGUUGGCGGUGGUCUAAUGUUUCAUGGGGCUCAGGAGUUUUUGCAACACAGAAUUUUGAAUAAGAUGCCACCAUCGUUUCGAAGAAUUGUGGAGAAUGUUGAAGUCAUCACAAGACCCAAGGACAUGGAUCCACGGCUAAUAGCAUGGAAAGGUGGGGCUGUUCUGGCUUGUCUAGACACAACCCAAGAGCUCUGGAUACACCAGCGAGAGUGGCAGCGGUUUGGAGUGCGUAUGCUACGAGAGAGAGCGCCAUUUGUAUGGUGAACUAUCCUAUUCACGAUGAACCUUACAAACUAAAAUUACAAAUUAAUUAAAAUAAUUACCCACAGCUGACUUUUCAGAAAGCACGGAAAUAUAUCAUGAUUGCUUUUUUUUCAAUUAACCUGUUUGUCGGCAAUCUGUUGGGAUAAAAUUGCUACAGUUGCAAAAUCAUUUGAGUCUGUUGAUAUAUGUACAUUAUUUUAGAAAUGGAAGAGUAGAGUUUAUCCAAAUCUGAAUAUGUUAAUAAUGAGCAGUUAAUGUGCAAAUAUUUUGUCUUAAUUAUAAAUAAAGUUUUACUACCUCAAAUAACUUAAAUUUUAGCCAUGAAAGGCUUCUGCGAAACAAUUUACAGAUUAUUUUUGUCUAAUGUUACUGUGUAGAAGAGUUGAUCACUGUUUGCUUGUUUCAUUGGCCUUUUAAUUUGGCUUUGGCAAGUGAGGGAAUUCCUUCCUGUGAAUUACCACGAUAACAGUUGUGGCUUGUUUUGUGUUUCACCUCUGAUCCACUUUUAUUUUUACUGAGAGUUUUGCAACUUGUUUCAGCAGAGGUUAAAGCAUUAAUAUUGCAGUUGUAGUGGGUCCACUCAGUUUUGUUUUGAAGUCAAUUCACCAGAACUAUAAUUAUGUCUUCAUGCAAAAGCAUGUUGAAAAGAUUUUGUUGGUUACAGAACAACAAGUGCGUUAUUAAAUUUAGGUGCAGGAACGGGUACUUAUCCAGCAGACCACAUUUAAUAUAAAUUAAUACAGUAUUGUUCUCUCUUUUUGUCCCCAGCCAAUUCUCUCUACCUCUCUAUUCUCACUAUCUGCCCACCUUCUGCUCAAGUUUAGGCGUGAUCUUGUGCUUGGAUCUAAACUUACUAUCUGCCAAAAAAAUUCUGUGUUUAGUGCACUGACACAGCCAGUACUCUCUGUACACAAACUUUAAUUAGUUUCUCACCAUUUAAAAAUAAAUAUUUUACUAAUUUUCCUGCAAAAUGAAUACACUCACGUUUUCACAUUAUACUCCAUAAGUCGCCUUCUGGCCCACUUGUUUAACCUUUCAGCAUUCCACUAUGGAAUCGUUGCAGUGUCUUUAUAGCUCACUUUCCCAACUUUCUCUGUAUCACUAGUAUACAGUAUGUGGAUGCAUUAAUUCUUUUCAUCCAAGUCUUUAAUAUAAUUUAUAAGUAGUUGAAGACAGUACUAAUUCAUGUGGCACCCUAUUAAUGACAGUCUACCUACCUGAAGUAGACUGUUUCUCCUAUCAGUUUCUCUUCUUUAGCCUAACAUUUAUCCACGGAAAUAUAUUACCCCCAAUCGUCAACUACUUACCUUAUGAACUCAGUGGGUCAGGCAGCAUCUAUGGAGUGAAAUGGACAGUUGACGUUUUGGGUCGAGAAUGACAAAGGGUUUCGACCUGAAACAUCAACUGUUCACUUCCCUCUAUAGAUGCUGCCUGACCCACUAAGUUCCUCCACCACUUUGUUUGUUGCUCCAGAUUUCCAGCAUCUGCAGUCGCUUGUGUCUCCCACUUGUGAUGUUUUUUGAAAAUCCAGACACAGAUCAAUGUGUUCCAUCAUAUCUACUGUAAUUACAUCCUCAAAAGAAACUUUUAUUAAAUGUGACAUCAAAAUUUCCCUGUCCUAAAACCACCUUAAUGAUGUAUUUCAGCAAAAUGCUGACAACAGACAUAAGCUAACUGAUGUGUCAUUUCCUAUAUUCCCACUCUCUUUUAAACUAAUGAUGUUACAGUCUUCCAACCUAUUGAGACUGCUUCACAAUCCAAGGGAUUUCGGGAGAUCACCACUUGUGCAUCUACUCUGCAGCCAACUCUUUAAGAAGCCUAGUGUGGAGUCUUAUCUGGUUCUGGGGAUUUGUCAGCCUAUAGUUCUUUUAACUUCUCCAGUGUUCACUCUCUUGCAAUAUUAAGUAUUUCAGCCUUCUUACUCUCAUUUGGCCCUUGAUUCUCCAAUUUUCUGGUACGUCUUUUGUGCCUUCUGCAGUGAAGAUAGCCAAUGCCUGAAGUGACCUGUGUGUACUUUUGUUGUUUUUCCUUCUUACACGGUUGUAAAAUGUUUUCCACAUUUUGAUGUCCUGCCAUCAUUUCACCUUCUGUACCACUAGAGGGAGCUAAUAAAGCAAAGGAUAAAAUUUCAUCCUGAAACCCAGGAGAGACUCACAUUUUUGGUCAGAUUGAAAAUGAUUAAUUUCACAUCGAGUACCAGAAAAAUUAGAAGAAAUUGUAACGGUAUUCAUGGUAAUUUGCUCGAUUCAUUUUAAUUAAAGUCUUUAUGAAGUUCCUGAAUAAAUCCAGAAAAUUUCAAUAUACUAAAUAGAAAGCAAACUGAACAGCAACUCUAUUGUUAAGGUAUGUGUGACCUGCAUGCAAGAACUUUUAUUUGCAAUAGGAACCCCAAGAUUUGACUAACAGAUUUAAUUUACAUGAUUGCAAAAAUGUAUCCUUUGUGAUUUAAAUAACCCAUUGUUGGUUUGCUGUAUCCUUGUUCAAAAUAAAAAGGGAGCAAGGAUAAACCCAGUUUCUACAGGACAAUCAAUUUAGCCUUGGGUGGGAAAGUUCUUGUAAACAGUAAAAAGGAUUAAUGGAAGCCAAUAGCAAUAGGUCAAUAGCGGAGGACACAGAUUUAAGGCGAUUAGCAAAAGAACCAAAGAUGGCAUGAGAAUUAUUUUUAUGAUGUAUGUGUUUAGCAUUCUCUGACAAGAUGGUGGAGGCAGAUUCAAAGAUGGCUUUCAAGGGAAAUGGACCAAAGGGAAUUAGAUCAUAACUUGACAGAAAAAAAGUCAGAGCCUUGGGAAAAGUGCAGAAGAAUUAAACUAGCUGCAUUUUUCUUGCAGAGAGCUGGCAUGGACUUCUGUGUCGUUACCUUUCUGUGAUGAAUCCACUUCACAUGCUUGUAUUGAUUUUAAUAGGAAAAUAUAUAAAUAUGUUUUUAAAAUAAUGGAAUAUAGAUGUGUUUGUAUACAGAACCCUGUGACAGCUUACCAUAUGAGAGGCAAAUGGUAUGUUGGUCUUAAUUGCAGUGGGGUUUGGAGUAAGGAAGACCAAGAAAAUCUUGUUGCAAUUUGUUACAGUUCUGAUGAGACCAUGCCUUUUCACUAAAUGAGGAUAGAUUUCCUUUGGAAGUGGAGUAGUUUAGAUUCAGUAGAUUGAUUCUUGGAAUGUGCUAUGAAGAGCGAUUAAGUAGAAUGAACCUGUACUCACUAAAGUUUAGAAGAAUGAAAGGUGAUCUGAAGGUGAUUAACAAGCUGUUUUCUCUUGCUGGUGACUAGAUCUUGGAGGCCUUUGUCUCGGGAUGAAUGUCAGCCAUUUUGAUGAGGAGAAAUCUCUGAAUGAAGAGGUUGUGAAUCUUUAGAAUUGUCUACUCAGAAGGUUGAGAAUGUUCAGUCAUUAACCACAUUUAAUACUGAAUUAGAGAUUUUGUUAAAGGAAACUGAUGGACAAUGAGGUUAAAGCAGGAAAGUGAAGUUGAAGUGACAGGAUUUAGGGGCCAUGUGACUUACUCCUGCACCCAUUUUUGUGUUCUUUUGUCUAUAAAGUAAUUCAAAUGUAUGGAAUUAAAUAAUAAAAAAUGUGCUUUGUGUUA